AUGGCAUCUUAUUCACGGAAAACUCAAAACCAUGACCGGCAAGAAGGUUCCCGCAAAGUACAAAUCACUUUUUUGGCAUCUGAAUGGGGAUCAAGCAAAGGAGGGCUGUCAACCAUAAACCGGGAAUUAGCUAUUCGGUUAGCUAAAUUCCGUGAGGCUGACAUCACUUUCUUUCUUCCAAAAUGUAAUCAAGAAGAUGAAGAGUCAGCCCUCCAACACAAAGUCAAGAUCGUAAAGGCAUCAAGAAAACCUGGCUUUAAAGAACUGGAUUGGCUUAGCUUUCCACCAGAGGAAUUGCAAAUCGACAUAAUCGUUGGUCAUGGGGUAAAACUUGGUCGCCACGCACAAUCCAUUAAAGACUCUAAGAAAUGCAAAUGGGUUCAAGUGGUACACACAGACCCAGAAGAACUUGGAAUGUUUAAGACCUAUUCCAGCCCAAUUUCCAAGGGUGAAGAAAAGCAUAAGAUUGAGGUGGAGUUGUGUGAAAUGGCGGACCUUGUUGUAGGAGUUGGAUCCAAGUUGAGUGAGGCUUUCCGAAGGUAUCUUCGUGGGCGCGAUAAACGUGUAGUAGACUUCACUCCUGGAAUAUUUGAAGAAUUUAUCAGGGUGAGUCAGACUGUGGAAGAACAAAAAAAACGCCGUGUCUUGGUGUUUGGUCGAGGGGACGCUGAAGAUUUCAAACUAAAGGGACUGGACAUUGCUGGGAAAGCGGUUGCUGCGUUACAAGAUACUGUUCUCGAGUUUGUUGGAGCGAAAGAUGGAGAACAUGAAAAAAUAGAGGAGCAGUUAACCGGAUGUGGCGUUAAAUCAAGUCUCUUGAGGGUCAAAACAUUUGUUAAAGACCGAGUGGGUUUAAUGUCCAUGUUUCAUCAAGCUGAUCUUGUACUCCUGCCUUCAAGAACAGAGGGCUUUGGAUUGACCGGACUUGAGGCUAUGUCAGCUGGACUUCCUGUACUCGUCAGCCGAAACUCGGGUUUUGCAGAAGCUCUGUGCAGUGUUCCAUUUGGUUCAUUUUUUGUUGUAAACUCAGAUGACCCUAAGGAUUGGACCACAGCCAUCAAUAAAAUGUGGGCCAAGGACGAGAAAAUUCGACUUGAAGAAGUAAAAACUUUGCGCGAUUUGUACGCCAAGAAAUACAACUGGGAGAAACAGAUAAAAGACCUCUUUCACAAGAUGACCAGCUGUAUUCACGGUACGAAUGUCAAUUUUUGAUUUAUAGUAUUUUAAUUUGAGUGAUAUAUAUGACUUAACCUGUUGAUGAAGGCAGCUACUUUUAAAGUUCAGGUCAGUCUCUCAUCUUUGAAGAACUACAGAGAUUACCUAAAACUUUUGGUGAAGGAAAAGACCCGUUGUAUCUUGUAAUGCAGAUAAUUGCAGUUAACUGUUCACAAAAAGUGAAAUUACACUCUUAACUGUUCACAUAGUUUUCUGUUUGACACUUAAAUUUUCGUACUCACAAACUAGAAAACCAAAAACCUGAGUUCUGUAACAGUCCUUGUUUCUCUUAUUUUUAUUCAGAUGAUAUCUCAAAUGUCCAGAGCUGGUCGGAAACCACGAUAGAGGGAACUGUUCUAUCUUCUUGGCAGCCUUCCCCACGCUCGACUGAGGACCAUGCAGGUAACCUCUAA